UGACUUUAUCUUUGUAGACAGUAUGCCGACCUGUUGCAUUAAAAAUUGUAAUAGUCGCAGUAUUUAUUUAUUUACAAUACUGUUUUGAUUUUUUAAUCAGCUGUGAACGUUUGAAUUUUGCGCGCAUAAAAUGGGUCCCCUGUGAUUGGUUGACAAGCAAGUCCCCCAACUCUUUGCCGCCAUUAUGCGCAAUAACUCACCUUGUUUCUUUCCACCAUGGCCGUACACUAGCGGCGCGUACAUCCAUUUUACAGCCUGCCUGGAACUACAUGGCCACAUUAUUUUCCUGGAUGAUAAAAGAGCCCUGGUUUGGUUCAUGUCCAUGUUACAUCCAUUUUUCGGGAUGGAGAAAACUUGAUGAUUUAGAAAAAGGAAAAAGGUGGUAAAAAGGAUAAAACGUGAUAUUUUGUCUUUUAAGGCACAGAUAUACAUAUAUUAGAAGAUUUCUGAUUUCGCGGUACACUGCCGGUACACUAUAUAAAGAUAUAGCUCACUGACAUAACAUGCCUUUCUAACCUCACAAUAAUUUCAUACAGUUUAACAACUUCAGUGAAUAUAUUUAAAAAAUGGAUGUACAAAGGCAUUCUGUGCACACAUUAGUAUUUCGUUCCUUAAAGAGAACUCAUGACAUGUUUCUGUUAAAUCAAGGAUCCUUGCCACCAGUGGAUCCUGUUUUACAGCAAAUGAAGAAAGCUGUUAAAGCGAAAGAUUGUUAUGGUCCUGUAUUAGAUCGUGUUAGGCAAAUUAACUUAGCCAAAGUGCAACAAGAAAAUGACUCUGCUGAUCCUCCACCACCAGGAGAUGAAACUUUUGGAGUUAAUAUGACUUCGGCAAUGGUUCCUUACAAUAUGACAAAAGGAAAUGCAGUAGUUGCAAUACCAACAGGAGGUGGAGGUAAUAUUGGCAGUGGUACAAUAACAAUACCACCAAAGAAAACACCCUCAAUGGCAAAACCCAAAUGGCACGCACCUUGGAAAUUGUAUAGAGUUAUUAGCGGUCAUCUAGGAUGGGUAAGAUGCUGUGCUGUAGAACCUGGAAAUGAAUGGUUUGCUACAGGCUCAGCCGAUAGAGUAAUCAAAAUUUGGGACUUAGCAAGUGGGUUGUUGAAAGUCUCUUUAACCGGUCACAUCAGCAGUGUUCGUGGUCUUGCAUUUUCGCAAAGACAUCCUUAUCUGUUUUCCUGUGGCGAGGAUCGUCAAGUUAAAUGUUGGGACCUGGAAUAUAAUAAAGUAAUCAGGCACUACCAUGGACACUUGUCGGCAGUAUAUUCUAUGGCGUUGCAUCCUACCAUAGAUGUUUUAGUAACAGCAGGACGAGAUUCUACUGGUAGAGUAUGGGAUAUGCGUACCAAAGCAAAUGUCCACACACUGGUAGGGCAUACCAAUACAGUGGCUAGUGUCAUUUGCCAAUCUGCUGAGCCACAAAUCAUCACCGGCAGUCAUGAUUGCACGAUUCGUUUGUGGGACUUGGCCGCUGGAAAAUCCAGAGCCACUCUAACGAAUCAUAAAAAAAGCGUUAGAGCUCUGACGUUUCAUCCGUCUUUAUAUAUGUUUGCCUCAGCGUCACCAGACAAUAUUAAGCAAUGGAAAUGUCCGGAGGGAAAAUUCAUUCAAAACUUAGCCGGGCACAAUGCUAUAGUUAAUUGUUUAGCUGUAAAUGCCGAUGGAGUUUUAGUUUCUGGCGCUGACAACGGCACUAUGCACCUUUGGGAUUGGAGAACCGGAUACAAUUUCCAACGACUGCAAGCGCCAGUCCAACCUGGUUCAAUGGACAGCGAGGCUGGAGUGUUCAGUAUCACGUUUGAUAUGUCAGGCACUCGCAUGAUUACCACAGAAGCUGAUAAGACUAUAAAAGUAUAUAAGGAAGAUGAUAAUGCUUCUGAAGAAACGCAUCCUAUUGACUGGCGACCCGACAUAAUAAAACGAAGGAAAUACUAAAUACUAAUUUAUUUAAAUUUCUUCAAGCUGAAGUCUUUCUCAAGGAAAAUCUUCACGUGAAUUGGCUCAACAAAUGCAUCAUAUUUUGAUUUGCAUUCCAAAUAUCUUUUAUCGCCUAUACUGUUGACAACGUAAUAAGCGUAAUUUAAUUAAAAAGAUACUCCAAUGUCAAACACACGUAAAGGAAUUAGGUAUGUUUUAUCUUUCAUUAUUCUUGUCAAGAGAUGCGUCAUAUGCUGAUUACUUUUUAUUAACUUUCUUCAGAUUAGUUAUGUUCAAAACAAUGAUACAUUUAUAAAAAUGUUUUAUAUAUUUUUUUGUACGAUAAAAUUGUAAUUUUGGACAAGUAUUAGAAUUUUAUGUACCAAUUACUUUUAUUUUUAUUUUCCAAUUUAUAUAAAAAAAGUCCUGUUGACGCGAUAAACAUUGAUAAUAAAAAUGAACAAA